CCCCAGCUCCACACCCACCGCCCUCUCACCUGCUCCUCUCACCUCCUCACCUCAACCCACCACGACCAUGAGCUGCUCUGGCUGUUCCGGAGGCUGUGGCUCCAGCUGUGGGGGCUGUGGCUCCAGCUGCUGUGUGCCCGUGUGCUGCUGUGUGCCAGCCUGCUCCUGCUCCAGCUGUGGCUCCAGCUGUGGGGGCUGCAAGGGGGGCUGCAAGGGCUCCUGUGGGUCCUGUGGGGGCUGCAACGGGGGCUGCAAGGGCUCCUGUGGGUCCUGUGGGGGCUGCAAGGGGGGCUGCAAGGGCUCCUGUGGGUCCUGUGGGUCCUGUGGGGGUUGCAAGGGGGGCUGCAAGGGCUCCUGUGGGUCCUGUGGGGGCUGCAAGGGGGGCUGCAAGGGCUCCUGUGGGUCCUGUGGGUCCUGUGGGGGCUGCAAGGGGGGCUGUGGCUCUUGUGGCUGCUGUCAGUCCAGCUGCUGUCAGCCCUGCAGCUGUCAGUCCAGCUGCUGUAAGCCCUGCAGCUGUCAGUCCAGCUGCUGUAAGCCCUGCAGCUGUCAGUCCAGCUGCUGUAAACCCUGCUGCUGUCAGUCCAGCUGCUGUCAGCCCUGCUGCUGUCAGUCCAGCUGCUGUAAGCCCUGCUGCUGUGAGUCCAGCUGCUGUAAGCCCUGCUGCUGUCAGUCCAGCUGCUGUAAGCCCUGCUGCUGUCAGUCCAGCUGCUGUAAGCCCUGCUGCUGUCAGUCCAGCUGCUGUGUCCCUGUUUGCUGCCAGUGCAAGAUCUGAGCUUCUGAAGAUGUGAACUCCUCCUGGUUGGUAUGAUGUUGACACCUUCUCUAGCUCCUCUCCAGGGCUGAGUAUCCUGUGGAGCCCUUCCCCCAACCCCUGGGUGGCAUUCUCCCCCCACCCUUGCCACCCAAAAGACUGGCACUAGGCCUGGCCCCUCCUGUACCCCUCAGCCCUGCUGCUUUUCAGAGCUGCUGCCUUCACUGCCCACCCCCCCAAGGAGCUUUGUGCUGAGCAGUCAGGUGUCGCAGGCCACCUGUGUGAUUAGAACCAAAUGUGUAGGUCCCAGGAGCAUCUGGGUACAAAAUAAAUUCUCCACUCUCA